GCAUAAGUGGCUGUCAUCGAUCGUUGGUGCAGUAUAAGAAAGCAUGAGGGAAACAGAUUAAGUCGAUCGUCCAUUCCAAUUUCCUCUUUUGUCUUUUUCCUACAAACAUUAAUUAUUAGUUGAGAAACAAAGAAGGGGAAAAAGUAGUCGAAGAAAAAUGGCAAAAGUUGAAGUAAUAUCCUCAUGUAUUAUUAGGAUUGCAGGAAGUAAUGCAAAUCCCAUCUCAAGAUUGGAUUUAACUCCAUGGGAUUUGCAAUUACUCCCACUCGAUCCCAUCCAAAAAGGCCUUCUCUUUCACAUUAGUCCUCAAUCCCAACAAACCCUAAUCGAUCACCUCAAAAGCUCACUCUCCCGCACGCUAGAAUUCUUCCCUCCGCUCGCCGGCCGCCUCGCCAGCACCGCCCACGACGAUGGCACUAUCAGUUUCUUCCUCAACUGCAACAACGCCGGAGCUGAGUUCGUUCAUGCAGUGGCCGUCGAAACAUCGGUGUCCGACAUCUCCGAGCCAAAACGCAUACCUAAAAUAUUAGCUUCCUUCUUCCCACAAAACAGCCUUCCCAAUUGGGAUGGCGUUUCGAAGCCUCUGCUUGCGGUGCAAGUGACGGAGCUCGUUGACGGCGUUUUCAUUGCCUGCACGGCGAAUCACGUCGUCGUCGAUGGGAUCUCUUUCUGGCAUUUCGUCAACUCCUGGUCGGAAAUCUCCCGCGGUUUUGCUACGAUUUCAAAAACCCCAGUUUUCAAACGCGACGUCGACGUCAAGCGCCCCUUCCGUCUUCCACGGCUGGAGCAGGAUCCGUCGCGCUGCUCCGCUCCACCUCUGCUGCUCGAGAGGGUCUUCCAUUUCAGCAAACAGACCCUAUCCAAACUCAAAGCCAGGGCCAACUCCGAAGCUGCCACCGACAAAAUCUCGUCGCUACAAGCGCUCUCGGCCCAUCUAUGGCGGAGCGUUUGGCGCUGCCGCUUCCUCGACGAUCAGAGAUGCCAGGAAGCUCCAUUCGUGAUGCUAGUAGGUGGGAGGGCACGCAUCCCGUUGCCAGAGGGCUAUUUCGGGAACGCAGUUAUGGGUGCUAAAACGACCGUCAGCGCCGCCGAGCUGGUGCACGAGGGAAUCGGGCAUGCGGCCAUGAAGAUCAAUGAGAUGGUGGCACAGCAAACCAGGGAAGCAAUAAUCAAACAGAUGGAAGAUUGGGCGGUUAAUCCCACUUUUCUCCGGAAAGGGGGUUUGGCCGUCGUCAUCACAAGCUCGCCGCGCCACAAUGUGUACGGCAAUGACUUUGGGUGGGGGAAACCGCUUGCUGUAAGAAGUGGGCCGGGCCAGAAAUCUGAUGGAAAAAUGACUCUAUUCCCAGCCGCGGAAACCGGCGGCAUCGACGUCGAAGUUUGCUUGGCGCCGGAGACGUUGCGGGCGAUUGAAGGUGACGCUGAAUUUAUCGAAGCUUUCACUGUGUGAGGAUAACGAAAUAAUUACUGCGUCAGUAUGAUAUUCGUCGUGGUAAUAAAUUGUGGUUUUUACUAUGAAAUUAGUAAAUCAUUCCGUGAGUAUGAUUUUCUAUUUGUUAAUCAUAUUUUGACAAGUGUGUUGAAGUUAUGAGCACAAUAAAAAAAUUAUUGUUUGUAACCAUGUCCAUGAAUAGUAUAUUUUUUCUAUUCUUA